AUGGCAAGUGAACCUGAAGUGAAGGUAUUCAAAGGCAAAUACACUCCAGGGGCAAAGGACUUUAAGGUGUCAACUAGAGAUGACCCGCUGCAUACACCUAACUCCGAAAGCACGCAUGCUCUCAUUGUCGGCGGUGGUGUCAGCGGAUUGCUGGUUGCAUGGAUGCUUCUUGACCAGGGCACCCGAGUGACAAUUCUUGCCAAAGAAUGGGCACGCACUUGGGACUUCAGCGAGUCGCGUAUCACGUCUCAGAUUGCUGGGGCUUUGUGGGAGAUGCCUCCCGGGGGUUGUGGCCUGACUGAAAUCGAAUCCCCAGGCCCUGGCUGGGCUACUGUGCAACAUUAUCGAGACUGGGCCAUGCAAAGCUAUGCAUUCUAUACAGCCUAUGCAGACAUUUCCGACGAACACGAGAAAGGUGGACACUCCUUGGGCCUCUCCGUCGCCAAGCUUCAUCAGUUUUUCUAUGAGGAUGUCAUCUCUGACUGCUCCGACAAAGCAUUACCAAGAUAUGAACACAACAACAAGUAUAAGGCCGUCAGAUCUUACGUCAUCGAGGAUGAUGACAAAAAAGCCAGGGAUUACGCCAGCCAAAAGAUGAUUCGCAAUCAUAAAGUGUACCACAACAAACAACAAAUCGCCGAUGGUUUCAAGAAACCAUCUAUCAAUCUGCGCUACGGGGGAAAAGACUUUGAAAGCGGCUACACCCAUGACGCCCCGAUUAUUAAUACUGACAAGGCGUUGGCCUAUCUCAUGGCGCUUGUCCAGCGAAAGGGGGCAACACUGGAGACCCGAGUGGUGAAAGAUCUGAAGGAAACUGGUCAGCAGUUGCUAGUAGACUACAAGGCCGAUAUCAUUGUCAAUGCCACAGGCCUCGGUGCCAAAGAGCUAGUCAACGACCAGGACGUGUACCCGGUUCGUGGCGCAAUCCGUCGCGUUGAGAAUACACGCUACAGCAAGUUCCGUCAUCUAAAUGAUGCCUAUCUAGUUCCCGCGCAAAUGGGGCCGGGAGAUGUACCCUCCAAGACGGUGUUCAUUGUGCCUCGAAACGAUGACAUCCUCUACGUCGGCUCCAUCAUCCAACGGCAUAGCAAUACGAUGAAUUUGACUCCUGAAUCGCCCGAGGUCCGGCAGAUGUGGGAUCGGGCGGGAGAAUUUAUGCCCAGUUUGAGUCACGCUGGUUUUGUGAACCACUUUCCUUUUGCCCAGGGCCUGCGUCCAUUUACCAAAAAGAACGUCAAGGUUAGAGCCGAUGAGGACUGUGGAUUUCCUCUCGUCCAUAACUAUGGACAUGGAGGGUCUGGCUGGACACUCGGCAUUGGAACCGCUCAGUGCGCGGUGUACAUUCUUACGACAAUUAUCCAUGAUAGAAACAGUCUUUUAAAUGUGGUUAAGUACGCAGCUGUGCCGCCGGAUACAGAUACGAAGAACAGGAUUGACAAUGCAAUCAAGGGGACCUUGGGACAAACUGAGCAGGAAAAGGUCCUAGAAGCGCUUAGGAAUUCGGACAAUGCAAAGUCCUACUUAGCUAACAGGCUUCUCGAUGACAAAACUGUUUUCAUACAAAUAGUCGAGUCAAAUUGUGAGCAGCCUGAGAAGGAGGAUUUCCUCGAUGCCAUUAAGGGAACCUGCGGAGAAGGUGACAAAGAAGACCUCUUGAGCAAGAUUAAGGCUUCACAACUUCCAGUAUUCUACCUGAAAGACAAGCUGAUCGGUGAUAAACCUGUUCACCUGACAAGCAAGCUUCUCGCUGAUAAACCUGGUCUUUUGCAAGUGGUUAAGCACUCACAACUGGACGCAUCUACGAAGCAGAACCUUCGGAAUGCAAUCAAGGGAGCACUGCGACAAGAGGACAAAGCCAAACUCUUGGGCAUGAUUCGCGAUUCAACUGUGGAGAACCUCGACAAAGAUCGGCUUGCAAAGGUUGUUGAUUUGUGGGUUGCAGAAUUGAGCAAGGCGUCGGCCAAGGUUGUCAACGAUGCUAUAUACCGUCCAGCUUCACCUGCCCCCUCAAGUGCAAACUCAGCCUGA